AUGUUUUCGAGGGACGUUGACCUUUUCGUUGCGCAUCAAUAUUAUUGCUGCUUUCAGGGCAGUCGUGUAGUGGAACCUUAUGUGAAAAUGUAUCUGUUGCCCGAGAGGAGGAAUCACUGCAAGACGCGAAUAUGCAAAAAGUCAGUGGAUCCCGAAUUCAACGAAAUGUUUUCAUUUGAUGUGGCCUUCAAUAAUCUCCCUACCAGGAUGCUUCAGUUUACCGUGUACGAUUUUGAUCGCUUCACACGACAUGAUCUCAUUGGGAACGUUAUAAUGCGUGACCUUUUCGACAAAUCUGAUUUGUACAAUUGGACUGAAUACACAAUGCAAAUUGUGGGCAGUCAGGUAUGGCCGAUUUCGUGCAGUAAAGUGCAUUCACCAAAUCCAUCCGUAAUAAGUUAG